AUGGACAACCUGACAUUUACAAACAGCCUUCUGCUGGUGGAGGGACUGAAAGUUACACCUCAGUCAUCUUAUCCUGUUUUUAUUCUGCUUCUGUUAGUUUAUAUCUUUGAAAUGGGAUGUAACAUUAUACUUAUCAUUCUCAUCUCAACACAGAAGAAUCUGCAUCACCCUAUGCAUUUUCUGUUUUGUAAUCUACCACUGAAUGAUAUAUUAGGUAGCACUGUCAUGUUGCCACGCUUGUUACAGGAUAUUUUAAAAGAAGCCUCAGAUCGAUAUAUGACCUAUGUUGAGUGUGUUGUUCAAGCGUAUUUUGUGCAUAUAUUUGCAGUAGCAAGCCACUAUGUGCUUAUGUUAGGCCUCACAAUACGUCUCUCUCGCUGCAGAUAUAAAAUUGAAAAUCCUUUCUGUGACAAUGCCUCACUGUUUAAGCUGUCAUGUGAAAAUGUAUCUGUUAAUAAUGUGUUUGGAAUAAUUUACACUAUUAUGGUUUUUACUUUAUCACUUGGGUCUGUAUUUAUAACAUAUUUUAAGAUUGCUACUGUGUGCAUUACCAGCAAAAACAAAGCGCUCAACAGCAAAGCCAUAAAAACCUGCAGCACUCAUUUAGCUGUUUAUCUAAUUAUGUUUGUAUCUGGAGCCACUUUUAUAUUUCUCCAUCGUGUUCCUGAAUACUCUGACAGCAGGAAACUAGCUAGUAUAAUGUUUCACAUUGUACCACCAGGAUUAAAUCCUUUAGUGUAUGGCUUACAAACCAAAGAGAUAAGAGAAAUUUUUUUUAAACUUUGGCGUAGAAACAAACUCAUAGCAAUUAAAAGCCGCUUUAAUCUAUUUCCCCCUCUUAUUGUACAGGGGAUGGAUUCAAUGCCAAUAACUUUUAAAGAAGACUCACAGUGUGCGCACCUUCCAGGCUCCAAAGUUCAAUGUUUUAUGUUUCUGGCUGCAAAUGGUGAUCCUCUGGACGCGGUGAUCCAGUCAGGAGAUUUGAGGCAGGCUAUUUUUAGGGCACCUUUUCUAGCCCUUUCCCCAUGUGGGGUGAGAGAGUGGAUCCUAAAAAAGGCUGCUCAGUCAUGGGUGCAGCAGCCGGAGGGCUCUUUCUACCUCAUUCCAAGAGCCCAGCGACUUAAUCUAGCACUCACCGCCUAA